AUGGACUCGCCAUAUCCCCCUACGCCCUACCGCCGCUCGCGCAAGAGCCAUGCCAGCAACCCGAGUUGGAUUUCAAACUCGAUCAUGCAGCCAAGCGCGCACCCCUGGCCGGGCAACUCUUCGAGGCCACUCCCCCAGCCCACGCAUUCCAGAGGGUUGUCUGCCAGUUCGCAGUGGCAGUCUGAACGCCUGAACGACUACGCGUCGGAGUCGGCUGCACCUGAGAGGGACGAGACGGGCGGUGACCUGGAGGCGCAGCUGGGCGAGGACGAGGCCAUGGGCCAGGCUAUGGACGGAGGCGAGGGCGAGGGUGAAGGCGAGGUUGAAGGCGAGGACGAGGAGUGGGGCACGCCGGAAAGCACGGACCACAUAACUGUUCCGGAGGGUGCUAUACCCGCAGCAGACCAUUCUCCUCAGAGAGGGAGGGCCAGAGCCUUUGUCGGCGGGUUUGUCACCGGGCUGAGGAACCUACCUCGACUCAUGGUGAAGACCGAGCGCAGGGCGCUCAGGAAAGGGGCCCCGGAGCUGUACGCAGCCCAGGAUCCAGAGGCACUACCUGCGUAUGAUGACCCCAGCCAGCCCGUGCCUGGCCCGUCUAAUGUGCACUACGUUCAAGCAAUGGAGAUGCCGAGCGAGCAUGUGGCGUCCUCGCAGAUGUCCUAUGCUGUCGGCGACAGCCAGGACCGACCAGUACAAAUUCUCCCUGAAUAUCGCAACGAGGAACCACCCCCGCAGAACUCGGCUACGCGUCCUCCCCUUGGUCUUUCGUCGCCAGCUGUCGGCACGCCCGUGCUCGUUGAGCCCCGCCCGACGAGGGACUACGCGAAGAUGGAGUCACCGAUACGCACCGCACCCCCAGACGACUCGUUCAGCGCGCACAUCACGCGCAUCCACAACUUCAUCGUCGAGUUAAAGAACCUCCCGUGGGUCUCGUCGCGCGUCACCGUCGACUACUUCCCGGAGAAGUCAGGGCGUGCCCGCGACCCUAAGAUCAAACCCGGAUCAUGGUACUCGACCCCCCAACACCACGAAAUCGACCUGUUGGCCACCCCCGCCGCGGCCAAGGCCGAGGUGCCUCGCAGCGACGAUGGUCAAGCAGUUGUGCGUCCUGUGCGUACGGCGACCAUGACCUCCUGCAGCAGCAGUCCUGUCCCUUCUGCGUUUAGGCAAUACGCUGCCAGCUUGGCUAGCCAGGGCCUUUCGUCUCCUGUCACUUCGCUGCGGAGCCACAGACGGCGAUCAUCAUAUCGUAGCUAUCAUCACCGCAGCUCCCACUCUGGGUAUCAAUUGCCACAUAUGUCCCAACUCGGUAACAUACAGCUUGCGCAGAAUGGCUUAGGUGUCACCGUGGAUGCGCAAGGCAACCAAAUGAUCAUGGUCCCUGUCGCGUCGAUCCCGUCUAUGCCGUCUAUGCCAUCGCCACCGCCUGCGUCCCAUUCUCCUUCACAUCCGCCGACUCAUGUGUUUUACCCCAGUAUGUCUUCUCCGUCCAAUCCGGGGGAUUACAGCAAACUGUCUCUCUGCAAGAUGGACGCGUUGACAGCCCGGGCCGCAAAUCUGGCAGACGAGCUCAUCAGAUCCGACUUUUGGUUCAACGAUGGGAACAUCAUCCUCGUAGUACGCGGCAUCGCAUUCAAGGUUCACCGUGGUCAGCUGGAACGUCAUUCUGAGAUCUUUCGUGAUCUCUUCUCGAUGCCUCAACCACCGGAUCAGGUGCUCCUCGAUGGCUGCCAGUGGCUGGAACUCUACGAUUCGCCUUCCGACGUCCUGCACUUGCUAUCUGCACUUUACGACGGACUAUACAUCACCAAGCCUUGCGCUAUCAAGUUCGAUGUCAUCUCAGGUGUCCUGCGGCUGUCGAACAAGUAUCUCAUUGACCACCUCCGCAUUCGCUGUCUUCAAUGGCUUCGUGCCGACUGGCCCUCCUCCCUGGAAGGCUGGGACCGUAGGGAACUACAGGCGACCGACGACAACAAACGCUACGCCCCGCGCGAGUCGUAUCCGCACCCUAUCCGCAUUAUCAAUCUGGCACGCGAGCUCGCUCUCGAUGAUCUGCUACCAUCCGCUUUGUAUGACCUCUCUCGCUACGGUCCGCGCAAGAUCGCUGCUGGGACUACGACAGUCCCCUGUCCUGCGCCCACGAGUGCUUCUGUGGCAUCCAACGCACUGGACGAGCGGAUCUGCCUCUCGCCGCAGGAAUUAUACACGGCAUUGCUCGGACGCGAAUGCGGCCAGCGUUACAUUGCGAGUUUCAUCGAAAAGGAACUCAGCGGUCGGCCGGUGUCCCCCACGUGCAUCAACAGACAUCGCGACAACGGACGCCCCUGCCGCGAAUCGUUCUACUUCAUCAUGCUCAAUAUCCUGCGCUCCGUAGGAGGCAUAUCCGCAGGGCGUGACGCCGAUCCGCUUUUCACGCUCGUGCAGGCGAUAGAGAUGCUCAGCCGCAAGGACUUCACGGACGGGGAGAAGCAGUGCGGCUUGCAGAUUUGCGAAGCGUGCAAAAUCGACUUUGCACAGUCUGCUGCGAAGGCGAGACAGGACGUCUGGGCCCAGUUGCCUUCCUGGUUUGGUUUUGGGACUCAUGCCACGGCGCCCAUCGUAUCAAAAACCUGCUAG